UCAAUUUUUUGCUGAUUUGUGAGAAUUCGAUACUUUAUGCAAUUUGUUAGAAACUUGUUAAGAGUAUUGUGUUUUGAAGUAAAAUUUAUACAGUUAGCAAUAGGGAUUUUCAGAUAUUUAAAAUAAGUAAUCAUUUUACUGUGCAUAUUUUAUAAAAUUUCGUAACAUUUUACUGAAGCCGCUUGAAAAUGUUGGUCUCAUUAUGUCGAAGGAACUCUUUAAUGCGUUUGUCAGCUGCACUACACACAGAAACUACGCAAAAACCUAAAACUGCUAUCGUUUUGUUGAAUAUGGGUGGACCUCAAACUGUAGAUGAGGUGGGUGCUUACUUACAUCGUAUAAUGACAGACCGUGAUAUGAUUCAGUUACCGGUUCAGAGUAAAUUAGGUCCUUGGAUUGCGAGUAGACGGACUGAUGAAGUGAAGAAGAAAUAUAUGGAGAUUGGUGGAGGUUCACCUAUAUUGAAGUGGACUAAUUUACAAGGUAGCAUGUUAACCAAAGCUCUAGAUCAAAUGCUUCCGGAAUCAGCGCCUCAUAAACAUUACGUUGCGUUUAGAUAUGUGCCACCAUUCACUGAGGAGACAUUUGAGCAAUUGGAAAAGGACGGUGUAGAGAGAGCAGUAAUAUUCUCACAAUAUCCACAGUACAGUUGUGCGACUACGGGCUCUAGUUUGAACGCAAUAGCUGACUUUUACAGGAAUAGACAAAUACCACAAAAUAUAAAGUUCAGUAUGAUUGAACGUUGGCCGACACAUCCUUUGCUAGCUAAAGUGUUCGCUGAAAGGAUAAAAGAGAAAUUGAACAAAUUCGAUCCGAGUCUAAGAGACGAUGUAUUGAUUAUGUUUACAGCACAUAGUUUACCUUUAAAAGCGGUAUCUCGAGGUGAUACUUACCCUCACGAAGUGGCCGCAACUGUAGCGGCAACAAUGAACGAAUUGAAAGUGCCCAAUCCUCACCGUCUCGUGUGGCAGUCGAAAGUUGGACCGUUGCCAUGGUUACAGCCGUACACAGAUGAUGCUAUCAAGUCGUAUUGUAAACAAGGUAGGAAGCAUUUAAUUUUGGUACCGAUUGCAUUCGUCAAUGAACAUAUAGAAACUUUACAUGAAUUGGAUAUCGAAUAUUGUGAAGAACUUGCUCAUGAGGCUGGUGUAAAACAGAUAGAAAGAGCAUCAGCACCAAAUGACCAUCCAAUCUUCAUCGCUGCUUUAGCAGAUGUGGUGGCAAAACAUCUAACCAAUGGCCCCAGAGUGUCAAAACAAUUCUUGUCCAGAUGUCCGCAUUGUGUGAGUGAAAGAUGUAAAUCGUCUAAGGAAUUCUUUAGUAAAUUAUGUCAGAGUUCAUUGAAAGAUAAAGCGUAUGCAUAAAAAAUAACUAACAAAAUGCACCAAUUUCU